AUGACAAUCAGUCGACUCCUUUUCAUCUUUUUAUUUCUACGAGUUUCUAUUAUACAUACUUCUCAUUUUCGUGGCGGUACCAUUACAUGGCGUCCUUUCAAUAAUACUCCAUCGGGUAGUACUGUUGACAUUCAAGUACGCCAACGAUAUUCGUGGCGUCGUUCAUCCGUUGCGUGCACCGAUACGACCAUAGCUAACCGAGGUCUUAUCGGAAGUAGUUACAAUGUCAUUUGUGUGACUGGUACCUGUUCUUCUUGGACCAUUCUCAAUACACAGACACACUGUACUGAUUAUAGUGAUGGUCUUGAUGUUAGUUCUGGUGAAAAAUAUGACACAGUAACAAUAACAAAUGGCAUUUCAUUUAGUAUUGUGUUUGGCGAAAGUGCCUGGUUGUCAAAUCUUGUUGUUGGAUCUAGCACUGACUGGAAGGUUGUCAAUCGAAUAAAUACUAUUGUUCGAUCUGAUGGUUAUAUAAAUUCAAGUCCUGUUGCUACCACUCUUCCUGUCAUUUACAAAGCUAUUAAUCAACAGCAUGUACAUAUUGUUCAAAUAUCUGAUUUUGAUGGAGGUGAUAUAUUAAAAUGUCGUUGGUCUACUUCAUCAACAACCAAUUAUAAUUCAUAUGAUGAAUGUGGCGGUGUAUGUUCAGGUGUACCUGGUGCCGUUCUUCACAGUGAUAAUUGUACAUUAGUCUUCACACUUACACAAGCUGCAGUAUACGCUGCAGUAGCUAUACAAAUUGAAGAUUAUUAUAAUAGUGCAUCAGCAACACCAAUGAGUUCUGUUCCACUUCAAUUUCUUUUUUAUGGUUAUGCUGUACCUAGUGGUUGUAGUACUCCACCAAGUAUCAUUGGUAAUCGACCAAAUCGAGCAUGUAUUGGUACACCAAUUGGAUCCACUGUCAGUGAAUAUGUCAUCGCACAAAUUGGUUGUUCUGGAAAAACUAUUAUUGAUUUCACUUCUAGUUCUCCAGUUGGUAUGACAAAGAGUACUAUUGAAAAUCCAAGUACUGGUAUCUAUCAAGUCAUCCUCAGCUGGAUUCCUACAUCUGAUCAAUAUGGUCCACAAGGAUUCUGUGCAGGAGCUGUCGAUGAUACGGAUGUUCAAUCAGAACAAUGGUGUAUUACAUUUUUAGUUGGUUUUGAAUCACCUAGUAUCAUUCGACCGACUGUUGUUCAAGGUUCAGCUUCACCAAUCGGUACCGUAUUUCAAAAUCAAACCCUUUUCUCAAUUCAAACUACACGUUCAGUUAGUCGACCAACACGUAAUGGUACUUACAUCCAUUUUAAAGAUGCUACUACAAAUACAACUGUUCAAUCAUAUGAUUGUGGUUGGCAAUCAGAAGUAACAUAUACUGGAUAUACAAUUGUUAUUCGUUUUCCAACUGCACCAUGGAUUGUAGGACAUUCAUAUUAUGUUAUGUUUGAUAGUGGUGUAGCUAGUGGAACUGAAUUUUGUGGUCCUGAAUCUGCACCAAUAACUGAUCCUUCAUUUUGGGUUUUUGACAUCUGGAAUCCAGGACUUUCAUCUACAACAACAACGACUACUACUCCACCAACAACUGGAACAGUUACAACAAGACCUUUAUCAACUACAAGUGUCAAUACUCUAUUGACAACAACUGGUAUUGUAAUUACAACUACAUCUACUCGUUCUACAACAACUACAACUAGUUCAACUUCGACUUCAACAACUACAACAACAACAGAUACAAUUGCAGCAACUACGACAACAGGACCAGCUGUUAAUGUUAUGUAUCCUAAAGAUAUGGAAGAAGCAUGUCAACAAUCAGUUAUAAUAAUGAAUGUUGCUACUAUGGCUGCUAUAAUGCCUUUACAAGCUAUAGGAAUGUUUGUUGUUUUCACAAAAUUUUAUAAUAUGUUUAAUCCAUUAAGAAUUGAAGUACAAUUGAGACAUAAACGACGAAUUAAAAAACUUAAUCGAUAUUAA